UGAAAUGCAAAAAAAAAUUGACACUGGCAAUACCCUGCCCUUUUGUUUUUCUUUCCGCUCCGUAAACUGAAACGUCAAGAUGGCUGAGGUUGAUGAAACUCUUAAAAAGAAGCGUACCUUCAAAAAGUACACCUACCGCGGUGUCGAUUUGGAUCAAUUGUUGGAUAUGCCCAAUAACCAAUUGGUUGAAUUGAUGCACAGCCGUGCCCGCAGACGUUUCUCUCGUGGUUUGAAACGCAAACCAAUGGCUUUGAUCAAGAAAUUGCGCAAAGCCAAGAAGGAGGCUCCACCAAAUGAGAAGCCCGAAAUUGUCAAGACCCAUUUGAGAAACAUGAUUGUUGUUCCCGAAAUGACCGGCUCCAUCAUUGGUGUUUACAACGGCAAAGAUUUUGGCCAAGUUGAAGUUAAGCCUGAAAUGAUUGGUCACUACUUGGGUGAAUUCGUCUUGACUUACAAACCCGUUAAGCACGGUCGUCCCGGUAUUGGUGCCACCCACAGCUCUAGAUUCAUUCCAUUGAAGUAGACGAAAAUCGCUUUAGAUUUUACAUUUACUUUUAUUGGAUUACAACACACCACCACCUCCUGCGUCAUCAUCAAGAAGUUUAUCGUGUUUUUUUUACAAUGUGCAUGCAAGUCGCCAAGCCCUUGAAAUAAUGCAUAUUGCAUUUAAUUUUUGGAAGUGGCUUGCCAGUUUCUUGCAGUUUAAAAUGAGUGAAUAAAAGAAACCUACAGUUUAAGAUGUACAUCCAAGAGAAAAAAUUGUUUUGUGUUUUGUAAU